CAGCGCGGAUGACGCGCCCAGCGUCUUCCCUAACGCAUCGCCAGAACCAGCACCCGCUGCGACACAUCGACUUGCUCACCGUGCCCUUACGAAAGGUGUCAUGUUAGUUCGGGAAAACGAAACUUCUAGGCGUACGUAGGCAUUAAGAGAGACCCGCGAUUUGCGAUCGCGAAAUCUGGAGGCAUCGGAGGCAGAUAGAUGGCAGGACAUCCACCUCGAUAUCCAGCCGCGGCUGUUGAGGGCAUCGAGCAACAAAACAGCAAACACGGCUGCGCAUCUCAUCUCCACAUCACACUUCAUCUUUCACAAAAAGUUUCAUCGCAUCCAUCGCACCCGUCUCAUCUAUCUUUGCCUACGCCUCCCCGUGCUCUUUCAGCGGUCAUCCCUGUCAACCCGACGAUAGUCAGCCAGCUGUGCACCCUAGUAGCAAUGCCUUCCAGCUUUUUAGAGUCGCACACCAGCAUCUGCGACGCUAUCAUUCAAAAUGCCCCCCACGCCUCACUCGUUGCGCUUCGUGCCACCUCGCGCACGAUGCGCGACGUGAUCGAUCGGCACCUCGUCAAGCAUGUAGGCAUCCGCCACUCUGCCAGUAUAGUGCUAGCGAAGUUGCCUGAGGGCUACCGGCGCAUCCCACGAGCGGAUUGGCUUAACGUGUCCAAUCUUACGGAUGCUGUGCGCGUUGUCGACAUCGUCGUGACGGAGGAGGACGAGGAAGCCGCACGCAAACACAAUGCCGAGCACCGCGAGGCGCUAAAGGAGAUCCAACGCAAGCUGCAAAACGGGACCUGGGGUGGACGACGUCCCGCCCUCGGCGCCCCUCGAUGCUGGUGCAAUCAGGACACGGUGGAGGUUUCCGGCUACAACCACUACCUGUCGCUGCGCCUCAAGAACGUCAAGCUCAUCCGCCGCUGGCGCGGCCAUCGUUGUCGCCAGCUCAUCAAGGCCCCGCGCACGAUCACGUUCAUUCCGCCGAACCUCGUGAACCCCGCGCACGUCUUCCUCCAGGGCGACGCGGAGACGUCUGAGGUACACGUCGUGCAUCUAGGCCACUCCUCCCAACUCACAAUUGAGCAUCACACCUUCCCGCAGGAUGUGGCGCACGUUGUCGUGCGUAUUGCGCCGCCGUCCAGCGAUCCCGCCCGCAGCGCCGCGCCCUUCCUCAGCGUGCAUGACUGCCACAGGGCGACCCUGUACCCGCUCUCCGAUUUCGCGGAGGCGGUCGCGUGCCGCGUCGCCGUGGACACCGUCAAGAUCACGUUGGUGGGAUCCGAGCUCUGGUCUUGGCUCGCGCUCGAACCCAAGUGCUUCGGGUUGCAGGCAGUGCACUGGAUCUACCGCCACCUGGUCGGAGCUCUGCGUGUCAGCCGAAAGGAUGCGAUGCUCAUAUCGAUGAACCAGGUCAUGAUCAUGACCGAAAGUGAGUACAAGUUGGAGAUGGGCUGGAUGUACGACCUCGAGGCGUACUGCGAGCAGAGCGGGCUCUAGCGAACGCGAGGGGCCUGGCGUAAACUGCUGUCUAGACGCUAUGGGCGCCCUUGCUUGCAGCCCUCGGAAGUAACGCCGAUGAAA